UUUUUUACAACAAAUACUUGCGAGAAGAGCUACAAGAUCAACUUGGGACGGUUCUUAACAUAAUAAUUCAACCUGUUAAUAGACUACGGAUUCAACGACCUUACUACAGAAUAAUGAGUUGUGCGGGCAGCCACUGGGGAGAGGACCAUGAUUCUCAGCGUGGUAACAGUGAUGACUGGGGACUGAGUACCUCAGACAUGGAUGAUCUGCUCAACCCUCUUCCUCCACCACUGUCACUAACACCUCUCCACCAACCUUCACAGGAAGAAACACCUUCAUUUCAAAUACUGCCAGCAGAGUUCUGUAGAACAGACCCUAUGGUUCUGCAGACAAUACGCCUGCUGCAAUACCAAAGACAAGUUGCACAGCUUAUAACUAGAGCACAGAGUAUUGGCAUGGAUGGAGGUAGUCUUCCGUCCUGUCCCCCACCUCCUGAAGACCCGCCCCUUGAUCGCAAAACUACCAAGCCACAUUUUUUAAACUUCAUACCACCUGAGCACACGCCAUUUACAAGUGGUAAAAAUCAACCCCAAAUUCGUGAAGUGGAAGGUACUACUGCUAGACUCAUAUUACGUAAGGCAGUAGCAACAAUGUGCGCCCACACCGGCUAUACUGAUACUGCAGAGAGUGUGCUGCGGUUACUGACUGAUGUUACCCAUGAGUUUCUUACCAAACUGACUAAAGUUAUGCGAGCCAAUACUGAUAAUCUUCUUCUUCGUGACAGAUGCCCCUUCCAUGAUGUUGUGGAACAAACACUGCAUGAUAUAGGGAUGGGCAGCAUGAGUGAGCUUCACCAGAUGUACCGUGAUCGUGUGGUGUUGUAUCAUGCUCGUGUGCGUCAGGAGAGUGUGCAGCUUUACCACCAGUACCUGACACUCUCACAGAACAGAGAGGCCAACAUAGCCACUCCUGGGUCAAGGCGAGAGAGCACCGGUGAUUGGUGGGUGGAUGAGUGUGGUGGACCUGGAGGUGCCUCAGCCCCCGGCAUGGAUGAAGCAUCAGUCCCUUCCAUAAAGAGUACAUCAAGUCUUGACCCAGAGUUGUCUCUUCAUCCCUUCUCUGUACUCAGUCACUUCUCCAGGACUCCGCCAUUCCCACUAUGGAUGAGGCGAGUUAAAAACGUGUCGGGUUUUGGAGUGUAUAAACUUUGAGGCAGGAGAGAAGUUGUCUCACCAGGGAGGAAACUGACUCUAUUAUCCACCAAUAUGAUGCACGAAUAUGCUAAAGAUCUUGCGAGGGAGCAGAGAGCCAUGGCUUACAGGUCCUUCAUUGUACGUAAAUUCCGGACAUUGAAGGAAGUGUACGAGUGUCUGGAACAAUACCAGGAGCAGACUGUCACUCACUUCAUCAAGUACAACAAAGAUAAAAAGUUCGGAAAU